GAAUGUUGUGGGCUUACAACACGUGUAGAGCCUAUGCAAAAGGAAUGUGUUUGGGAGUUUACUCAGUGCACACGGCACACGGUCGUCAAUGCAAUGGCAGAGAAACAGGUAACCAGCGGAGGCCUUUUUGGGUUUUUUGAGCUCAUUGGAAAGCUAAAGCACUUAAAGAGAACAGGAUGGGUACGGAGGGAUAUUGUUGAACCAGAGAGCGUAGCUUCGCACAUGUAUAGGAUGUCGUUGAUGUCAUUUCUGUUUGUGGACACGGUAGAUCCUGCUCUUAAUAGAGAAAGGUGCAUCAGAAUGUCCCUAGUUCAUGACCUUGCCGAGUCCUUAGUUGGUGACAUCACACCUUUCGAUGGAGUGAGCAAAGAGGAGAAAUGCAGAAUGGAGAAUGAGGGAAUGCUAAAAAUAAAGACCCUAGUACCUGAUCAGGUUGGGGAGGAGAUGUACCAGCUAUGGCAGGAAUACGAAGAUGGGAAGAGCCCUGAGGCAAUCGUUGUGAAAGACCUUGACAAGUUCGAUAUGAUAUUUCAAGCGUAUGAAUAUGAAAAAGCUGAGGGGAAACCGAAAGGACUGCAAGAAUUUUUUGACAGUACAGAAGGCAAAUUUCAACACCCAGAAGUCAGGAAGUGGGUGGAACAAUUGAUAGCAACUAGAAACGAUUCUAACAGUGUUUGAUAUGUGUACGAUGUCAACCUUAUCCUUUUGAUGUGCACUAAAAUUACAAAUAAUGAAAUUCAGAAGAAG